UUUUCUUUCUGUUUUAGCCCCUCCAUGAUUCAUAAAAAAUGUUGAUUUAUAGGUAGAUUAAUUCAACAAGUUUGCAAAUGAUACUUUAAUUUAAGAAAAAAUUAUUAUAUUUUUUUAAUUAAAUAAAUAGAAAUUUUUUAAUCAGAACUAAAUUAGUAAAUUUGCUGAUCUUUCUGUUGAAAGCUUGAAAUGCUCUUUGUGAUAACUUCUUCGAAAAGCAUUUUAUUUUAUCCAUACACGAAAUGACACGUGUAUGGUGGAUAUAACACCGAAUCUUUCUCUUCUUCUAUAAAUAGUGGCCAUUCCCUUUGUUCAAAUCACACAGCACAUAAAGCAUCAGAAGAAGAAGAAGAAAAACAAAUUACAAAUUUUAAAUCAAAGAGAAGUAAGAGAAGCAAUGGCAGGUUCUAACUGUGGAUGUGGUUCCGGUUGCAAAUGUGGUGACUCUUGCAGUUGCGAGAAGAACUACAACACGGAGUGCGACAACUGCAGCUGUGGAUCAAACUGCAGCUGUGGGUCAAACUGCAGCUGUUAAAUUAAUUGUGGUCUUAACCACAAAUAUGCAGGAAAACUGGGGAGAUAAUGUGUUUAAUCUUAAGAGAUAUGUGUGUGUUUGAAAUAAAGACUUUGCAUUGUGUUGCGUAAUAACUCUCUUAACCUUGACGUUUUCCUGCUUUGUAUUUUUCUUUGUGUUGAUGGUGUGAUAGUGUAAUGUUUCCAUUUGUAACCUAAGAAAAAAAAUUAAAUAUAUUUGACUUUUGUGAUUAUUAUGAUUUUUUUUUAAAAAAGAAUUUUAAAAUGAACAAUUAUUUAAUUGUUUUUAGUUUUCGGCGCUCCAUCCCAAUAAACUAAUUCAAUAUACAAUCCGAAAUUUUAUGGACCAAUUCGAGUUGACAAAAAAAAAAGGACCAAUUCGGAAACCGAAUAAAAUAAAGUGUUCAAUUGUAAAUUAGUAGAGAAUGUUAUCUUAUUAGAGUCAACAAAAAAAGAAGAGAUUUUGCUAACAUUGAAGAGAUGGGAAAAUAAAGAAAAUACAAAUACUAAACAUCAUGUGCUUAUGGGGCUUUAUAUCUUGAAAGUUUUGGACCAUCAACACAUUUUGAUGUUAUAGAUGUUUACGGGACCAGUAAGGACCCAAAAACAAAGUAACCAUGAUGAGAUCCAUUAUUGCGUUGAUGAGGCAACGUGAAAAUUUCGUUCAGGCAAUACGUCGAACAACUUGCGUGGCAUCUUCGCCUGCGGUGGAACAAACCAAUUUCCAAGCCUCGAGCUUUCUCACUACCUUCAUUUCUCCGGCGAAAUUUCCGGACGAGACAUGCAGCGGGUCGGACGGAGACGAAGAGCCCAACAAGUGUUUGUCUCUGAGGAUCGAGACGCUCCCGAAAGGCGUAACUGUUGGGUCUGCUUUGCAGAGCUGGAUGGGCGAUGGGUUUCCAGUUCACGGCGGAGACGUUUAUCACGCCAUUAAUCGAUUGAGGAAGCUCGGAAGAAACAAACGCGCCCUUGAGUUGAUGGAGUGGGUAAUCAGAGAGAGACCAUACCGUCCCGGCGAGCUAGAAUACUCAUACUUGCUGGAAUUCACAGUCAAGCUUCACGGCAUCUCGCAAGGCGAAAAGCUCUUUACCCGUGUCCCUCAAGAGUUUCAGAACGAGCUUCUCUACAACAACCUCGUGAUCGCUUGCUUAGACCAAGGUGUCGUAAGGCUUGCACUCGCGUACAUGAAGAAGAUGAGAGAACUCGGUCACCGUACAUCCCAUCUGGUCUACAACCGUCUUAUAAUUCGCAACUCAACUCCCGGACGAAGAAAGCUCAUCGCGAAAGACCUUGCGCUCAUGAAAGCCGACAAGGCCACUCCUCAUGUCUCGACGUAUCAUAUCUUGAUGAAGCUGGAGGCUAAUGAACAUAACAUCGACGGUGUGCUAAAGGCUUUUGAAAGUAUGAAGAAAGCGGGAGUUGAGCCGAAUGAGGUUUCUUACUGUAUAUUGGCUAUGGCACAUGCCGUUGCGAGAUUGUAUACAGUUGCUGAAGCUUAUACCGAGGAAAUAGAGAAAUCCAUCACUGGGGAUAAUUGGUCGACCUUGGAUAUAUUGAUGAUCCUGUACGGGCGUUUAGGCAAAGAAAAGGAGCUAGAAAGAGCGUGGAGUGUCAUCCAAGGGUUUCACCACGUUAGAUCCAAGAGUUACUUGCUGGCAACCGAAGCGUUUGCGCGAGUAGGGAACCUAGAUAGAGCUGAAGAGAUGUGGUUGGAGAUGAAGAACGUGAGAGGGCUUAAAGAAACAGAGCAAUUCAACUCUCUGCUAUCGGUUUACUGCAAGGACGGGUUGAUAGAGAAAUCAAUCGGUGUAUUCCGCGAGAUGAUGGGAAAUGGGUUUAAGCCUAAUUCCAUAACGUAUAGGCAUCUGGCUCUCGGAUGUGCUAAAGCCAACCUGAUGAAAGAAGCUCUGAAAAACAUCGAAAUGGGUUCGAAUGUAACGACGAGCAAAAGCGUAAGAAGCUCAACGCCGUGGCUGGAGACGACUCUAUCGAUGGUUGAGUGUUUUGCAGAGAAAGGUGAUGUGGAGAACUCAGAGAAACUGUUUGAAGAGCUGAAGAAUGCAAAGUAUAAUAGGUAUGCAUUUGUGUACAACGCUCUGUUUAAGGCUUAUGUGAAGGGUAAAGUCUAUGAUCCUAAUCUGUUCAAGAGGAUGGUCCUUGGUGGAUCUAGGCCUGAUGCUGAGUCAUACAGCUUGUUGAAACUUGUUGAACAGUACAAGUCCUGACUCUUAUCAAAAUCUGCUGCAAUUUUGUUUUGAGGGUAAAUCUGAUCUGCUUCCUAAUUUAACCCGAAGUGUUUAAAAUAGCCUUAAAUAGGAUAUCAAUUAUUCAAUUUUAAUGGAUAAGGAAACAGAUAAUCUACGAGAUUAAGAUAAAUAGAUAAUUGAUCAACGAGGCUGACUGUGAUAAAACUAAGAUUAAACUAAAAAGUGCGUUUAGACUGAUUUUACAAGAAAGAAAUCAUUUUUCAUAAAUAUAUUUAUCACCAGAAAUCUUCUUCUUUAAUCCCUCCCGCCCAUCAUCUUCCUCUCUGUUAAACUAAAAACUAAAGUUGUUAAUCCGUUUCUUGUAGUUAAUCACACGAACUUAUUUAGUUAAUAUAAUAUAAAAACAGCCAAAUUUCGAUCCAUCAAUCUUCACGGAGGACACCGAUCGGAUUUUAAAACAACAUCAGAAAUGGAUAUACGCUGUUGCGUUUUCUCUGCUGCUUCCUCGGUGGCGGGAAUGGCAACGGAGAGCGAAGCGCUCGCAUUGAGGCUUCUCUGCAUCGUCUUCUUCUUCGGCUCGGUUUUGUUGCUAUGUUACUUCAUAUACCCGAAACUGCCGAAGGGGGCAGCCGGAGAUGAGGAAUCCGGCGAUCCUCUCCCGCCGGCGAUGAUACUGGUGAAGGAAUGGAAGAAAGGCCGCGGGGAUGAAGGCGGGAUCACGACGGAGGUUUGCGUGAUCUGUUUGGAGGAGUUUCGGAAAAACGACGCCGUUAGGGUUCUAGUGAGAUGCAGGCACGUGUAUCACGUGCGGUGUAUAGAUUCUUGGUGUUUGCAUAAGUUGGCAUGUCCGGUUUGCAGAGCUCCGUUCCGGUUAUUCGGUGAAUGGUGAUUAGUUUACGAUUUAUGUUUGGUAUACAAUCGGUGAAUGAGUAAUUUGUACAUACAUACUUAGAAAAUAAUCAAAAUCUGUGUUUUAUUCAGCGUUGGAUUGUCAUGAUAGUUAUUAGUUAAGGUUUUUAUUCGUAUAAUGAAGAAGUAACUUCGGUCAAGACCUGGCAUUAGACAUUAGGGUAACAUUUAUAAGAAAUUGUUAAGAUUAUAUAGGAUUUAAGUUGGAUAACAUAACAGGUCAGUAACUAAUAACUACUUCCUCACGGGCUCAAAGCAAGCCGCGUAAGUUGGUUGGAUCGAGCCGUGGAAAAAAAAAGCAAUGAAUCUGCGCGGCAACCACGUGGCAGACAUGCUUUCAAGUGGACGUUGGACCUUUGUCUCUGUAGGUCGGUCGGUCCUACCAAAGGGUCAAAACAUAUAAAAAGUCAAACCGUCUAAUAUUCGUUCACACGGUCACAUCCAAAGAGACAAAUUGUAAAAUACUAAAACAAUCAGAAUACACUUCCUUCGCUUUUGUCCUCUCAUUUACAAAACAAAAAUCUUUACUGUCGAUUUAUGUAUGUUUUAUUUAAACGGAAUCAGUAUGCUAUAUUCUCCCUCCAUUUUAACAAGAAUUUGACGUGUUCGCUUCCUCUAAAUUAUUAGAGAGUUCGUAACUAUUUCUGUCGAGGAAUCAUUUCAAAAUAUGAUCUCAAUUUGUUUUAAUACAAUAAUGACUACUUGUGUUAGUCGCUCUUGCGAUAUAUGCAUAUCAGCCAAAUUUUGUCUGUUCAUAUAUAUUAAUAUAUUACUAAUGGGCUGAACCACUGAGUGAAUGUGGGCCUCUGUUUGAAGUUUAGGUUUAUUAUCUGCAAUUAAUCCAAAGUGAAAGUGAAAGAUGGUCAAGAACCAAAAGCCGGAAGGUAAAAGCAAUGGAGGGGGAAUACAAAUCAACAACGGGGGCCAUUACCGUGGUCCGUGGACUUUACAAUAAUUAGAUGAGA